CAGAGAAGAAGUUCUCUAGUUGCCAUAGUAGCAAAGAUCUAAACAGCCACUUCUUUGCCAACGAAGCCCAAGAACCGGUAACGUGAAUAAACGGACCUCGGGUAGAAGCCUCUGUCUGGGCAUCGUGGGGAGGAAGUUUAAACCCUGCGUGCUUGGCGGGAGCUUCGACUUCUGUUCUCUGGGCAGUCAAGGAGUGCUUGGUUCGAGUUGUGGUGCCAUUUCCUUUGGGAAAUUUAAAAUAUACUUGAUAGACUUCCCUGCCAUUGGUGGAAUGAUGGCUUCUGAUCAUCCAGCCCUUCAUCAUACUGCCCAAGAGGAUAAAACAUCUGGACAAUGCAGAAAAAGAGGAAGCUCAAACGAUUCUCCAGGUAGGCUUAGUAAGAGCACCAUCAGUCAAGACAGUAGCUGUAGCAAACAUUCCAGCAAGUCUGGAAGUGCUCAGUUUACCUACUCUAAUGACUUUCAUGAUAAUGCUUCAAGAACAGCUGUCAAUGGCAGCAAGAACAGCAUUUGUUCAGAAGAGAACAUCUGUGGAACUUCUCAGAACUACUAUCACAAAGAUUUUCACUCGGAUUCCUCUAAAGCCUCCAUAAGUGAAGAGAGUGGCAGCUACAUCAUCCCAUUGCCCGAAACACCAAAAACUAAAGAGCGGAAUUUACCAGAAAAGAAAAAGAAAAAUGAUGUCCAUACAAAAGGAGGCAAAACGUUGCCUAAAAAGAAACCUCCGCAGAAGAAGACAAUUAUUACUGGCCAUACCAUCAAUGCUCAGGAGAAGAAAAAUAAGAUAGCUUGUCAUCUAUUGUCAGCAACAGACCAUUCAAUUAAAGAACUGAAAAACGAAGCGGCUGUCCUGCGGAAUAAAGUGGAGACUUUUACUACGGAAAAUAAAAUCUUGAAGCGUCUCCAGUCCAGACAUUUAAAAGCAAUCAGUAAAUACAAAAAUGCAGAGAUUAACCUGCCUGAUCUUUUGGCCACGCACGCUAAUGAAGGGCAGACUCUGAGAGCAGAUCUCAGGAAAUCUCAGGAAAACGAGUACAAGGUUUCCAAGAAGCUGAGAGAAGUUCAGGCAGAACACUUGAAAACAACGGAUGCCUUGCGGUCAUUGCAAAAUCUUUGUGAAGACAAAAAGCUUGAAGAGAGAGAAGAACUUCACCAUCAAUUAAGAUCACUUACCCAAAAAUUGGAAGCUAGGGAUAAGAAAACUCAGGAUUUGGAAAAGCAGCUCGCAUCGAACACUGCCUUUUUUCGACAUAAAUUAGCAGUUGAGGAAAAAAAGGUCAUUGAAGUUCAGUCAAGCAGAGCAAAUUUAGAAGUAGAAAUCGAGUCGCUGAAGCUAAAACUUAAGGAAAGAGAACGAGAACUAAACAUUACAAAUAUUUAUGCACACCGGAUGCGCAAAGGUCAGCCAGAGAAAGCCGAUUCACGUUCUUCUCCAAAAGUUGUUAAAGUCAACAAAGCAAUUCAGGUAAAUAUCAACAUAAAAACCACAACUCUUCGGAAGCCUGAGCCUUAUGUAAGUCCUAUGAUCUUCCACGAGGAAUUGAAAACCAACAGAGAGGUGAAAGAAGUAGUUAGCAUAGCUAAAAAACGUGUCCCUGAAACAGGAGUUCAUCUCCCUGAAAUGUUACCAGUGCACAAUAUUUCAAACAGGACAUUCAUGGGAUUCCAAAAUGAAGAGAUCUGCCCAAGAAUAGAAAAAAAUACCCAGUAUGAAAAUAUAGAAAGACACAAGAACAGGAGAGAAAGGCAAAGGUUGGAACUAUUGAACACAGAAUUUGAUAUAUUAAAGACCAAACCAAUUGAAAAAAAGGAAAAUGAAGAAGAUAAAGAGGCAAAAGAAGCUGUUUGUGACAUAUUAACAAUGGAAACACCAUCUACCUCUAAAAAACAGUAUGUAUUUUCAGAGGCCAUUCAAAAUUUACAUCAGGGAUAUCCUUCAACAGGUCCAAAGAUAACAUACAGUAGAAGACAAAGAAACAGGCAACAGGAUGGAAAAACAAACCUUUGCCCAGUAAGAAAACCCCAUGAUAAGGUUUGAUAGACAUAUGAUGGCUUGCAUUGGGUGAUUCCAGUCAAGCCCAUAGAACUAGUAGAUAUUAGAUGCUGGAUAGUAUUAGUACUAGGAGAUAUUAGAUAGCAGAUGUUAGUAUUAGUACUAGGAGAUAUUAGAUAGCAGAUGUUAGUAUUAGAACUAGAAUAUAUUAGUAGUUUCUAUAAUUAUUGUAAUAAGCAUCACAAAAACCUAGAUUUUGUGAACUUGUUGCACAUUUUUACAACACAUAAAUAUUAAAGGAAUUUUGAAAGAAA